GGCGGCGCAUGGGUGCGCGAUAUCUCGAUCCUGAUAUAGAAUAAUAGCACUGCAUUUUCCUUUUCCUGAAUGGAUGAAUGAACCUAUAUGCGCGUCUACGUAGUGUAGUAUAAUUGAGCUUACCUCGUAGAACUAAAAAUUUUACAAGAUGAUAUUAAGGAAAGAGUGUCAAUAUAUCUUAUAUCUAUCAGCAUUACUAUUCUUCUCAAACAUAACCCUAUUUUUUCCCUACGUCCUGCAUCGACAACUUCUUCAUUUCUAUGGUUUAAUGGGUGUACGGUGCGUUAUAUCGUAUGUAAAACUACCGGACACUGUGCGGCCCAAAAUCCGGUAAUUCGUUCAUAGUCAAUUACGACAAUUCGAUAUCACUAUUCCACGAAACCACAUUUCACCAUGAAACCCUCAUGGAGGUUAUUAGCCACAGCAACAGCUGGAAAUGGCCUAAAACCAGCGCCUAUGGCGUUAUUGCCGCCGUUACCUCUAUAUCGACGUCUAUUCCGAGCGCAUCGAAAACAUUUACCGCAUGAUAUGCGCCUGCUUGGUGACGAGUACAUAAAGGCUGAGUUCCGGGCUCAUAGGAAUGUGGACAAUCCUGCGCAUUUGAUUGGAUUCUUAACGGAGUGGCAACUCUACGCUCAGAAGAUCGAAGGUGAUAACUGGGUUGGCGAUAAGUUGGAUCCGGAGAAGGUCGCGAAGAUGAGUGACCAGCAGGUGGGACAGCUUUAUGAACUUAUGAAAGCGAUACAGAAGAGGCAUGAGGAAGAGGGCAAUGAGGAAUGAUAUUCAAGGCAUAGCACCCGUCUGUUGAACCCUUAUUGGGGCAUAAAAGGGGAUCUAUGCUUCAUCAUAUCGGGCAGUAAUAUGUAAAUAGAUCAUCGCAUUAUAUAUCAAAUAUUUUCGUCUUAA